AUGGCUAAUGAAAAUAUAACUGAUUAUGAUUACAGAUUCGUCGAUAGUGACACUGGUCUGCAGGGUGCUAUCUCUGAGCUCAAACUGAAGAUAGCGGAAGGGAACACUCUACUAGCUGUUGAUUGUGAGGGGAAUUCGUUGAGCAGAGAGGGAGCCCUUACCAUCAUCACAGUAGCAACUGAAGAGAAAGUCUACAUAUUUGAUGUGCAGAAGUUAGGACAAGCCACAUUCAGCAGUGGACUUGGCGCAAUCCUUGAAGACGAAUCUCGCAAGAAGUUGAUGUUUGAUUGUCGACAAGACUCCGACGCGCUUUGGCAUCAGUUUAAGGUAAAAUUGAGCGGAGUCUUGGACGUGCAGCUGCUUGAAGUCAUCUAUCGCCGUGAAAACCCGUCAGCUUCCACAACUAACACAGCUAACACUGCGCAGUCUUCCUCCAACAAUAAACGAGGAGGUCGUCGGAAUCGUCGGAGUCAGCGAACUGAUGAAAUAGAGAAGAUAUAUGGGUUUGGUCGUUGCGUUGAGUUGUACCUCCAAGACGAAAAGUUGAUCAAAAUAAAGGAUAAGGGAAAAAGGUUGUUAGAGAAGGAUAAAGAACUGUGGACGAAAAGGCCACUAACGGAUGAUCUCAUCCAGUACUGCGUUGUGGAUACAAUGGCCAUGUUCAGAUUGUACAACAAGAUGAAGAAUGUCAACGGUGGAGAGCAGGCCCGUCUUCGAGUGGCAUCCGAUAAGUAUGUUGACCUGUACCGGGGCAAAACAGAAAGAUCUUUCGAUGGCUACGAAAAGAAUGCGUACCUCCCUCUCGACAUUAUCCCUGAUAAAGGAACACUGGAUUUUCCGGCCGCUAACACUGUAUGCACGUGCUGCGAUCGAUGGUUUCCGCAUGAAGAGUUCAGUUUAACGCAGCUGAGAAAUGGAGAGCAGAAGUGCAGGGUGUGUAAGGAGAUAAAGCGUUUGGAAGAUGUACAACAAAACAGGGAAGAUCAAUGGGCACGUGAUGCCCAAGCAGCACUAGAUUAUGUCUGCAUUCCUGAUGGCAUGUCUGAAUACGCAUGGUUCUGCGGCCACGAACCAUGGGAAAUAUGA